AUGUACAAAGAACAGGUUUGCGACUGGUUUAGAGAGCUUUCCAGCAACGUUCCACUGCAAAACCUUGGACGUCGUGUGCCUUUUUUCAAAGAUAAAGAAGAACUUUUACACGAGUUGCUUUCGAACAAAGUUCCUAUUACUCGAGCAUUAUGGUUUAUUAAUAUAAGCGUCAUCCAGUCAACGGCAGUUGCUGAAACUGCAAAGAAAAAGCCUAGAGCACCUCAGGAUCCUACUGCCGACUGGUCGUCUACGCUCUGUCGCCUGCUUUCGCGUUCAUUGGAGCCAAUUUAUGCACCCGUUAAGCAUAAUGAACUCAUAUCACUCUUUAAUGAUUGGGAUUAUCUCUUUUCGCUGCUUUUAGCUAUGUAUGAUUCGGACAUGGCAGACCACUGGGAAGUCAUACUUUGGCUAAUUAAAGCUGCAGAAAGUGUUAAUGAACAAAUUCGUGGACAAUCGUCACCCUCAACAGUUGCUUUAUCACCUUCAGAUCGUUCAGCACUUACUAGCAAAUGUGCUUCUGAUUUCCCCCUGAAGUUUAUUUUGCAUUACCUCAUUAAGUUUGGACGUCGGUUUACUGAGAGUGAAUUGCUAAUACGGAGACUACUUUACUGGUGUUGCACUACGUUUGCAGAUGUUGUAUUUGCAUGUACUGGAUCUAAAUAUGCUCCUUCUGUUGGUACAUUUCAAAGUAUUUUAAAUGAGUAUAAGGAUUUAUACACGUGCCCUCUACAUCAAAAUAUUUCCAUGUCACUGAGUAGUUUAAUUGUCUUCAUUGUAUUAAGCUGUCCGUCAGCUGCAGUGUGGAAUCCAAUACCUUUUGAUACUGAUUACGCUUAUUUUAAAGGAUCACCUCUUGAUCAUAUUCCACACUCAUUAGUUGCACUUCCUCUACCACUUGGAGAGGAAUCAACAUCGAUACGCAAGUGUUUGUCCGAAGUUGAGGAGGACAUAAUAAGACGUAGUCAGCUCGUUGAAUCUGGUUGGCUGAUUGAACCAUGCUCAGGAAAUAACGGUGAAAACAUUGAACGUCUUGUUCGUCUACUUGACAUUUUAGAUCGUCAUGAAUAUCAUUUAGUUCGUGAACCGAAUCCAAUGGAAUCUUUAUAUAAUCGUAUAUUCAAUGAUGAUUCAAUUCAUGUGGAUACAGCCAUUAUUGUGAUAACUUUAUGCGAAUGGGCUGUAUCACCAUAUCGUAUUGGAAUCUAUCGAUCAAUUAUAGUUGCAUGUCUUUUGGAACAGUUAAAGAAUACAUUCUAUGGAGAUAACAGUAUUAACAGUAGUAAUAUCAUUAAUAAAGAUACAGUAUCACUAUCAACAGCGCCAGUGAAUACAGUCUCAACUACUGGGAGUAAUGUUAAUGGUGUUAUGACAACAAUGACAGCAGUUACUACUACUGCUACUACCACCACUACUACCACUGCUAAUACUACUAGCGUGAAAAAUACUACUAAUAUUAACAAUAUGAAUAUAAUGAGUAGUCAAGCCUAUCAGUCUUUACAAGAAACAUUAAUAAAAUUUCUAGAUAACUGUACUGCACACUUACCACCAUUCAAUGGAGAACAAUCGUUAAUUGAAAAUAAUUUAAUGCGUAAUCUAGUCUGUUUAUUCUCGGAAUUAAUUGAUCGUGAAGUAUUUGAUCAUGAUAAUUAUGUGAGAUAUUUUAUUGCCCGUGGUGUUUUUGAUACAAGUUUACAUCCGUUAGCUUUGAUAGAUAAUACUAUGCAAAACAAGAUGAAUACUAAUCCAUUGUCCAUCAAUAAUAAUAAUAAUACUAUUAACCAAUCUGUUAAUACACCAACAAAUAUAACACGUACUACUACCGGUAGUACCAAUAUGUCAACAGCAUCAAUUGCAUGUCAUUCGCAAACAACAGCUCAACAUUCUGUCAAAUCGGAAUUCUCUGAAGAUAUGGAUCGUUAUAGUAUGGAUAAUCCAGAUUCUGUACGUUCAGAAUCUGGUAUUAUGAAUUUAAUGUCAUUACAAUCAAAUAAUAAUCAACUAAUCAAUCAUCAGUCAUUUUCAUCAUCGUCAUCAUUAUCAAAUAAUCAAGGACUUACUAAUUCAAAUCGUCAUUUACAUUAUUUAGUACAAUUUCCUAUACCACAAGAUGAAAGUUAUGCACAUGAACAAAAUCAACGUUUUCAAUUAUUAUAUGGUUCUGUACGAUCAAGAGAUCGUGCAAGAUAUCCUAUUCGUAAAUUAAUACGAGAUAUUUGUAAAUUGUUUACUAAAAAAAUUUAUUUAAUUGAUGUAUUUCAUGGUGAACUUGGUAGACGUAAAAGAAGUAAAGAUAGAGAACGUGAAAAAGAUGUUAAUAAUAACAAUAAUACUGCUAAUAAUAAUAAUAACAUCAACUCUAAUAAUGUUGGAACAACACUUGGAUUAGGAUCAUUAGUUGGACAAUCAACAACUUCUGGAACAGGAACUUCUAAUAAUGGUAGUAAUGUUAUAGGGAAUGGACCUAGUCAUCGUAGUGUUAGUAAUAAUAAUAGUAAUGAUGAAACACGAUCAAUUGAUGAAGUUCAUGAGGAUAUAACAAAACGUUUUCUUAAUUUAUCAUUUUAUGAUAUGGAAUAUGUAUUAUCUCAAUGUACUCCAGUAUUUGUUAAAAUGUUAAGUGGUUCUAAUUUUCAUUCAACUGUUAAUGCAUCAAAUGAUGAUAAUAAUAAUAAUAAUAACUCAAAUAUUACAUCAAUCAAUACAAAUUCACCAUUAUCAUCAUCAUCCUCUUCAACGAAUACUCAAAAUACUACUACUACUACUACGUAG